AAUUUCUCCUCUACUUGAAUUCUUAACUUCUCCCAAUCCACCUUCUACCUAAUUUACCUGACAUUAAAUUCCUCACCUAAUUCUUUCACCUCUCACUAUCACAUUCAUACCACACACACAGAUCAAGAUGUUGGAAGCUCGCCUAGAACAAGCCUCUCUCCUCAAGCGUGUUGUCGACGCUAUCAAGGAUUUGGUGCAGGACUGCAACUUCGACUGCAAUGACUCUGGUAUCGCCCUCCAGGCCAUGGAUAACUCCCAUGUAGCCCUGGUUUCCAUGCUUCUUAAGGCCGAAGGCUUCUCCCCAUACCGCUGCGACCGCAACAUUGCUCUUGGUAUCAACUUGAUCUCCUUGACCAAGGUCCUACGGGCUGCUCAGAAUGAAGACAUUCUUACUCUCAAGGCCGACGACUCCCCGGACGCCGUUAACCUCAUGUUCGAGAGCGCCGAGACCGACAGAUUAAGCGAAUAUGAUCUUAAGUUGAUGGACAUUGACCAGGAGCACCUGGCAAUCCCGGAGACCGAGUAUGCCGCUACUGUCGAGAUGCCUUCUGCAGAGUUCCAGCGAAUCUGCAGAGACCUGAACGCGCUUUCCGAGUCUGUUGUCAUUGAGGCUACCAAGGAAGGUGUGAAGUUCUCCUGCCAGGGUGACAUUGGCAGUGGAUCCGUCACCAUCCGUCAACACACCAACGUCGAUAAGCCCGACCAGAACGUUUCCAUUGCUCUUUCCGAACCCGUUGCCCUUACUUUCUCCCUCAAGUACCUCGUCAACUUCUGCAAGGCUACGACUCUCUCCAGCACGGUGACCCUCUGUCUGUCCCAGGAGGUUCCCCUGCUUGUUGAGUACGGUCUGGGAAGUGGUCACCUGAGAUUCUACCUCGCUCCUAAGAUUGGUGACGAGGAGUAAAUUAAUCAAGAAAACAAAAACAGAACAUACAACUUACGACGAAGGGCAGUAAAUGGUUUCUUUGCGGGUUUCAUUUUACAUUCGGAAAUAUCCCACGUUGACGGAACAAAGGAUUUUGUUAUCAUAAUAUCCCAGUUAGAUAUGAAGCGAUUGUUUUUUCCACACUUGCAUUGUGUACUGGUAACUUGAAUAAAAGUACUUUCUCGUGAUGAACUUGGGGACGCGGCGAAGAUACAAAGUAGACUACGCAGGGCUUAAAAUGUCAUACAAGAAAUCAGUAUCUGCACUACACAGGGCAAAUCCCAAGAAACAAGGAUCAAGCAUCAAUUGAUAUCAUUUAUCAACACUACACGGCGUAUU